GUGUUUUCCAUCUGAACCGGCCGGCGCCGCAGUCUCCUCUGGGAUUGUAGUCCUUCCUUUGUUUUCACAGGUGGAAGCGGACACUGUGGAACUACAUCUCCCAGAAACCAUUAAGGAAGAGUUCCGCCCUGGUGCUUGUGGUAGAGAUGUCGGCGCCCGCUGAGGAAGGCCGAGAGGCCCCGGCCGGUUCCGAACCGGAGCCCCAGGCUUCGGGCCCGAACGUUCAGCGGCCUAGUACCCGGUCCAACCCUGAGGGCGCAGAGGAUAGACAGGAUCCGCCCGGACAGGGGGCGCAGGCGGGCAGCAGAGAAGGAGAUGGGGAGGCUGGGACUGAGAGCCCGGGAGUCGGGGGAAGGACCAGGGGCAGCAGGAGGAGGCAGCAGGAACAAGAGGUCCAGGCCCAAGCCCACAGUCUACCCUCGUUCCAGUCCCAGUCUCAACCCCAGUCCCUAACUCAAGCCCAAUCCCAGAGUAAAUUCCAGUCCCAGUCUUCAAACCAAUCCCCAAAUCCAUCCCAGACCCCAAAUCAAGCCCAAAGUCAACCUCAGCCUCUGUGUCAAACCCAAUCACUGCCUCAGUCUCAGUCUCAAUCCCAAUUCCAGUCCAAGCCUCAGUCGCUGCCCCAGUCUCAAAGCCAACCCCAACUUCAAAACCAGACCCUGCCUCAAGGCCAGUCUUCAGUCCUGCCCCAAUCCCAGAGUCAGCCCCAAUUCCAAUCUCAACUGCAGUUCCAAAGUCAACCCCAGCCUGAGAUUCAGAUCAGGACCCCAAAGGUUAACUGCCCAGAGAAAGUGAUCAUUUGCUUGGAUCUUUCAGAAGAGAUGUCACUGCAGAAACUUGAGUCGAUGAAUGGUUCCAAAACCAAUGCAUUAAACAUCGCUCAGAAAAUGAUAGAAAUGUUUGUCAGGACAAAGCACAAGAUUGACAAGCGGCAUGAAUUUGCUCUUGUGGUGGUGAAUGAUGAAGUCACUUGGCUGUCUGGGUUCACUUCUGACCCCCGGGAGGUUUGCAGCUGUCUGUAUGAUCUGGAUACAAAUGUCUGUGAGUCUUUUGUUCCAGAUCUGGAUGGACUCUUUAGCCUUGUACAACAAAAAAUUGAGUUGCCAGUGACGGAAAAUGUCCAGACCAUCCCGCCUCCAUAUAUCGUACGAAUGAUACUGGUCUACAUUCGAACGCCUUGCCACCCGCAGUCAGUCUCGGUGGAGCAUUUCAGUAAAAUUCUGCAAUCUCCUUAUUUUUUCUUCGACGUGAUUUAUAUUUACAACAGAACUGAAGAAAUGGAUGAGGAGCCUAGUUACAAGGAAGCUUAUUCAUUUUUCAAUAACUUGGACACAAAGGGAACCAGCUACAAAUAUGAUGUGUCACUCACUGGACAGGCUGUGGAGCUGCACAACUGCAUGGCCAAGUUACUCGCACAUCCACUGCAGAGGCCGAUCCAGGUCCAUGCAGUUUAUAGUCUUCUGGAGGAUGAUGAUGCAGUAGAAGUGGAAGCAACUGUUUGACGGAAGGAUGUUUCUGGGAGAAGCUCCAGGCUCCAGGCUCCACGCCAGAUGCAUCGCCAACUCUUGCCCCGUGCAGUACUGAAGGUCAACUGCAUUGCUUUAGGACCAGACAUUCAUAUGGGAUCUCGCCUGCCUUUUCCAUUCAGCAAUGGUGAUUCCAUGUCGCUUUUGAAGAACAGGUUCUUCUGUCAUCCAACUCGAAUCAAAGCACAAGGUCAAUUGACGAUCCAGCCUGAUUUGUUCCUUUGUUUAUUUGAUGUUACUGUGCCUAAUGGCUGCUGUAUAUCAGUCCUUGCACUUCGUGGUAAUUCAUAAGAUGUAAAAAGCAUUCAGUGCUUUCAAAUGCAUAACAUGUAAAUACAACUCUAACCCCCAGUCAGCAACACUGGCCAGAUAAUUCUUUCUUGAAAGCUUGUAUCGAAGCAAAACAUUGAUUGCCAAUUUUUGUUUGCUUUAAUAGAAAUAAAACUACUUAAAGAAA